AUGGAAACCCACAUUAGUGGGGAUCGUGCAUGGAAGAUUGCUCGAAAAAUUUCACUUGACAAAUGUUUCAUGGUACCAGCUCAUGGUCGAGCAGGGGGAUUAUGGUGCAUGUGGGACUCGCACAGAUGGUCUAUCAACAUCUUGGAGCACUCUACGCAUUUCAUUCAUAUCAAAAUUAAUGGAGGAGAUUUCCCAUGGUUUUGCACCCUGGUUUAUGCAAGCCCACACCCACAAGGUCGUAUUCUGCUUUGGAGGGAUAUUAUUCGGUUGGCUAAUUUAGUGGAUGGAGCAUGGUUAGUAAUGGGUGACUUCAAUGCGGUCCUACAACCCCAUGAAAUAUCAGGAAGCACAGGCCAAUCCUUCCUUAGAGGAGACCAAGCUUUUAGAUCAUGCAUUAACCAAUGCAACCUAAUGAAUAUGGGUUAUAAUGGGGCUACCUUUACGUGGCGUCGUGGUAACCUUUUUGAACGAUUAGAUAGAGCCUUGGUGUCUUAUGAUUGGUGUGUCAGGUUCCCAGAUGCUUCCCUUUCACAUUUGAACCCCUUAAAGUCUGACCACGCCCCCAUCCUCGUAAGAUUAUAUGCGAAUAGAAAUGUUCGAACCCCUCGACGGCCUUUUCGUUUUGAGGCUGCAUGGAUGACUCAUGAAGAAUAUCCGACCCUUAUUCGUAAUGUGUGGGAUGCCAACCUGGAAUGGAAUCAGCGGAUAAAAAAUACGAAACAAUCCUUAUUAGAGUGGAAUAAGUCCACUUUUGGGAAUGUCUUCUUUGCAAAACGAAAACUGCUCAGACGUUUAAAUGGGAUUGCUAGAGAAUUACUAUAA